CACGCUUGCGCAGUCUUGGCCUCUGGCUGCCGCGCCAGCCCCUCUACGCGGCGGGGGACUUGGCUGCCUUGGCCCCUUCGCGCUGCCGUCUUUUCCGGCAGUUGGAGCGCUUCCUGUUGUACUUAGCCGCACCCGCCCCCUCGACCCCUACCUCAGAGACCCUAACGCGUCCCCACCUCUCCUCUAGUCCGCGGGCUGCUGCCACUGGGGCUUCGCCUGUCCGCCGGUCGAGAGAGGUCGCUGGCCGGGCGGGCGUCUGCGGCUGUCCGCCGCCCCCAGCUCUUCCACCCACGGGGCUCUGCGGCCAUGGCAAUGACAAGCUCAACACCUUGCUCCUCCAUGAGUAAUCACACAAAGGAAAGGGUGACCAUGACCAAAGUGACACUGGAGAAUUUUUAUAGCAACCUUAUCGCUCAACAUGAAGAACGAGAAAUGAGACAAAAGAAGUUAGAGAAAGUGAUGGAAGAAGAAGGCCUAAAAGAUGAAGAGAAGCGUUUGAGGAGGUCAGCGCAUGCACGGAAGGAAACAGAGUUUCUUCGUUUGAAGAGAACAAGACUUGGAUUGGAAGAUUUUGAGUCCUUAAAAGUAAUAGGCAGAGGAGCGUUCGGUGAGGUGCGGCUUGUUCAGAAGAAAGAUACAGGGCAUGUAUAUGCAAUGAAAAUACUACGUAAAGCAGAUAUGCUUGAAAAAGAGCAGGUUGGCCACAUUCGUGCGGAGCGUGACAUUCUAGUGGAGGCAGACAGUUUGUGGGUUGUGAAAAUGUUCUAUAGUUUUCAGGAUAAGCUAAACCUCUACCUAAUCAUGGAGUUCCUGCCUGGAGGGGACAUGAUGACCCUAUUAAUGAAGAAAGAUACCCUGACAGAAGAGGAGACUCAGUUUUAUAUAGCAGAAACAGUAUUAGCCAUAGACUCCAUUCACCAACUUGGAUUCAUCCACAGAGACAUCAAGCCAGACAACCUUCUCCUGGACAGCAAGGGCCAUGUGAAGCUUUCUGACUUUGGCCUUUGCACAGGACUGAAAAAAGCACACAGGACAGAAUUUUAUAGGAAUCUGAACCACAGCCUCCCCAGUGAUUUCACUUUCCAGAACAUGAAUUCCAAAAGGAAAGCAGAAACCUGGAAAAGAAAUAGACGUCAGCUAGCCUUCUCCACGGUAGGCACUCCUGACUACAUUGCUCCUGAGGUGUUCAUGCAGACCGGGUACAACAAGCUCUGUGAUUGGUGGUCGCUUGGGGUGAUCAUGUAUGAGAUGCUCAUCGGCUACCCACCUUUCUGUUCUGAGACCCCUCAAGAGACAUAUAAGAAGGUGAUGAACUGGAAAGAAACUUUGACUUUUCCUCCAGAAGUUCCUAUCUCUGAGAAAGCCAAGGAUCUAAUUUUGAGAUUCUGCUGUGAGUGGGAACAUAGAAUUGGAGCCCCUGGAGUUGAGGAAAUCAAAAGUAAUUCUUUUUUUGAAGGCGUUGACUGGGAACACAUCAGAGAGAGACCUGCUGCAAUAUCUAUUGAGAUCAAAAGCAUUGAUGAUACCUCAAACUUCGAUGAGUUUCCAGAAUCUGAUAUUCUUAAGCCAACAGUGGCUACCAGUAAUCACCCUGAGACUGACUAUAAGAACAAAGACUGGGUCUUCAUCAAUUACACAUACAAGCGCUUUGAGGGCCUGACGGCUCGGGGGGCAAUACCUUCCUACAUGAAAGCAGCCAAAUAGUAUCCUUGAAACAGAAUUCUCAGUGGAGCGGAGUUAUUGGUACAUCAUUACUGUUUUCCUCUCACACACUCUUUUGAAAGAGUUUCUAAGAAGUUUAUGGAACCCCCCAGUGUGUCAUGGUAAACUCUCCUGAAUGUGACAGUAAGUGAAUUCUCAUCCAUAAUACACUGGAAACCUGUAGAACAGAGACAGCCAUUUCUACCACAUCGGCCAUAACAGCUGUACUGCUUCUUUAGAAGCCUCCUGAGCCAAUUUGAUAGAGGUUUUGAAAAACUUUUUUUCCUAAGUUCAUAAGAAUGAAGAAGAAACAACAGCCAUCAUCAAAUAUUACUGAGAUUGUAACAUAGACUUAUUGACUAUUAGCCAAUUUCUGUGAUUUUAUGACAGACGUGCUUUCUGCCAAGCCCACCAAGUAUUUCUUUUUCCUUUACAGCUAAAAGUUCCAUAGUACUAAGGAAAUAAAGCAAUAACGAAAGCCUCAGCAGCCAGCAUUCUGGCUGAAGGAAAUGAUCCACCAUCCUCUGAGUGGGUGGUGAUGGUGGUUUCUCCCCGUACCUCGGCCUGGGGUGAGUGGCUCCUGUUAGCCUCCAUUCAUGGUGCACUUUAUUUAUGGUACUAGGAUAAAGACCCUCAAUCCAUCGAUUUCUCUCCUUCUGCCCGUCUAAAACACUCGUGCUGCUUUUCUGAGUGUUGAUGGGGGAUACUAGCGUGAUCUGUUGUUGAUCUCAGAAGACCCGAGCCACUGGGCUUUGCCAAGGACUGCCAGAUCAUGUGGCAAAUCCUUCCCGUCUCUUCAUGGCUGGAUCAGAAAAUCCCUCAGACGGAUGUUGUCUUGGACCAGCAGUAGCCACAGGUGCUGCCAGCAGGAACUCACUCUGGUCCUGGGAACACAGCGGGGAGAGUCCAGGCUGAGGCAGCAGGCCUGGAACUCUCUUGGCUAAGGUGCUGCUCCUGCUCGGUCUCCAGAACCUCCUUGGAAGCGAAGGAACCAGCCCAAUAGAAAGUGCAGAGCCAGCCUACCAAUCCCUGUAAAGUUCACUCCCCAGUCCUUGGUGCAACUGUGCUUUGUCUUCUGUUGGUCUUUGUAUUUGUCCUCUCCAAUUUAAGUAACCAUUUUGCCUUGGAAUCAUGAUUACAGAUAUUUCCUUUGCAGAUGCCUUCCUGGGGGAUGCUCCUCUCUACCCUAAAGGGUAGCCUGCAGCCUGGGCUGACCAGGCCUCUGCUGUGGCAUUCUCAAGAGAGACCCUCGGAAUUUUAGCACAAAGUGCCUUUUCUUUCACAGAUGCCACCACCUUCAGAGGAAUUUUGCUGCAUCAGAAAAAUGUGGAGGCUCUAUAUUAAUGCAUUAUUUUAAAAUUGUUGAUAACUCUGAAAGCAUCAUUUGUACCUGUGUGGUGAUUUUGCCUGUUGCAAAGCAUCAUGGCCAAGCUGUAGCUGGGAGGCCUCUUUCUGCCAGUCUUGAGGAUAAGAUCAACUUGAAAGUAUGUCCUGGCUGAGCCAUUCAGAAACGAAAAAUGGGAUAUCAGAGUUAUAGUAGUAAAUGAAACUGCUUUGGGUUUUAAUGUCUUAGAGGAAGAAAAAAGAGAAUAUUAGGGAAGUAUUAACUUUGGAUGAAGGUAAUGUUUGCCCCUUAAUCUUUCAUUCAUGCUCUGCUAGUGAAAAGGAAGUAAAUGAGACUCUUUUGUGUCACUUUGUAGUUCCUUUGUAUUACCAAAUAGUUGAGGUUUUGACCCCCAGGUGUUUUGCAAGUAUGUGUGGUAAGCACGGUAGAGAGAAGUUCACAGGAGUGGUGAUAGUCUGUGUGGGGGGAGUGGCAAGGGAUGAUUUGUUUUAGGGGAAAAUGCCCACAUUUUAGACUUCUGAAUAAACAGUGUGAAAACAGUGUGAA